AGAGACUCCUUGCCUCUGGAUGGCGCGAUUGCCUACUUAGCGAGAGGUUUUUCUUUUUCCGGGUUGGACGGUCUGACUCAUUCGGGAUUUGUGCAGUUUUCUCAUUUAUCUGGAUUAAUUAUGAUCACUCCUGCCUUUGAAUUAAGUCAAGAUCCUAAUUUCCUCACUAUCAUAAUUCAUGUCCCGUAUGCAAAGGUUAAUGAAGUUGACCUGUAUAUCGAUGGAGUGGACUUCAAAUUUUAUGCCAAACCAUAUUUCUUAAGAUUGACUCUUCCAGGAAAGAUAGUGGAGGAUGGCAGAGAGACAGCUUCGUACGAUGCUGAUGCAGGAAUUUUUACAAUAAAGGUUCCGAAAGAGACCCCUGAAGAAUACUUUGAGGGGUUGGAUAUGCUGACUGCGCUUCUGGCACCAAAAGGUUCAAAAUCUGCAAAGCCACUACUGGAAGAGAUAGGACACUCUGUUAACACUGAAGAGGAGGAAGAUCUGCAAGAUUUUGACUGGGAAAUUGAACAAACUCCCUAUGAGGAAUUGGAAGGAAAUAUUAUAAACCCGACCUGUUUCUAUGGCUUUGGAAACCUGAGAACUGGAGUCUUCAGGAGACUGCAGAGUAAGUGGGGAGCAGAGGGCAGUGAACAGAGAAAGAAGCCCAGAGGGAAUGAGAUGCAGGAGGAAGAGACAAAGGUCAAGAAACAGCCAUUUAAAGAUGGAGUGAAAUUGUUUUUAACUGUGGAAAAGUAA